AUGGUUUUAUUAGAUAAUAAUAAUAUAAAUGAACCCGAUUCAAUACAAUAUUAUUAUGGUGAAUGUGAUAGUUUAUUAGCUAAUUGUUGUAGUAAAACACAUUUAUCAUCACCUUUUAAAUUUCGUACAAUGAAUAGACAACGAAGACAAAUGGCCUUCGAAGCACUUCGACAAAUGAAAUUACAGCAGCCAACAGAAAUUUUUUCUACAAGAUCAAAAAGACGUCGAAAUAAAAAACGUUUCUAUAGAGCACUUUGUUGUACUGACUUACACAUUAGUGAAAGUCAAUCAAGUGUUUAUUCUUCUACAAUGGCUAAUGUUAAAACAAAAUCUCGUAUUCCAACAACAGGUCUUACUAAUGAAUUUUAUUUUGCAUCACAUAAAGCUGAUGGUGAUAAUGAAAAAACACCACCAGUAUUAAUGCGUAAUAAACAUCGUUCAGCAAAUAUUCAAAACAUACCUAUUGAUAAUCCAUCAUCAACAUUAAAUAAUCGUCGUCCAAUAUCAUCACCUGUACGUUCUACAACAUAUGUUCUUCAACAACAUCAUAGAACCAAUAAUAAUAAUAAUAUUAAUAAUAAGAAAAUUUCUUCACCUGUACAUCAACAAUAUCUAUCGCCAUCAUCAGCAACAACAACGACAUUAAAUAAAAAUCGACAAACACAACAGCAACGCAUCAACUCCAACCAUGAAAGGUUACCAACACAGAUACCAUCAACAGUUGAUGCAACGACGACAAAUCAACAGUCUACUUCUCGCACACAUACUGUAUUAACACCACGUCGUACAUCGCCUAUCGUUAAAAAUACACCGACAAAGACAACAACAUAUACAUCAAGGUCUCCUCGCAUUGCAAAUACUCCACCUAUUCGUCCUUCUCGUCCACCAGCACCACCACCGGCACCAUUACUAUCAACAACACCAAUUCAACAACGUUCGCCACGUGUUCAACUUCAUCCUUCAAAUUUGACAUCAACAUCUCAACGAACAAUUUCAUCAUCACCAACAACAAAUAAAUCAAUUCGUCCUCAUUAUACAUUAUCAAAAUCACCUGAAAAAUUACGAUCUGCUACUGGUACAGUAAUACGUCCACGAAUACCACAAACAACUGUUAAUAAACAUAAAUUGAAUAAUAAUACAAAUAUUACAACUAAUAAUAACAUUAAAACGCGAACAUCUGUUGUUGUUCAAUCUGCAUCAUCAUCAGUAGCAACUCCUCGUGUUUCUGAUCUUGAUGCAUUAAUGGCAGAAAAACAUAAUACUAAUAAUAAAACAUCACAUAAUAUUGAAUUAAAAUCAACAAUUAUUUUCCCACCACCAAUAGUGAAUAAUAUUCGACGUUCAUUAUUUUCAACAGAUUCUGUUAAACUAAUUCGACCUGUUCGCAGUCAAGAAUUAAAACUUUUCUCUUGUCAUUUAACUACUGAAGCAUCAUCAUCACCAUCACCGUCACCACAGCCACCAGCAGUAUCUAAUGAAAUAUCAUAUGAAUCAAAUAUUGAUGAAACACCUUCAACUUUAACUCCGAUAUCAACAGGACAAAUAACACAUAAGAAAUCUCUUGAUAAUUCAAUCAUUAUAAAAAAUGAUGAUUCAUCGUCUACUAAUUCUGUUAUUACACAUGAUCUUUCUGAAGAUAGUCUUAACGAACAUUAUCAUAUUAGAAAGUUACUUAAUAGCAAUGCAUUAACUUCGACAAUUAACAACGAUAAUAUACAAAAUAGUUCAUCGAAUGAAGAUAUUCUUGCAUCAUCAUCUGUAACAUCAUGGUCACGUAUACGUUCAUCAUGUGAAAGUAAUAUAUCACAUAUAGUACCAUUAAAAAGUGAAAUAUCAGCAAGUCCAGCUUUAUAUAAUGGUCCUAUUCGACAAGAAGAUAUUCAAAUGGCUAGUGAUGGACGAUAUUUUCUUUUGAUUGAUGAUAAUUUAAGUAGUGAAGACAGUCAAUUAAAUAAAACAACAUCAUCAUCAUUAUCUCGACCGAUUUCACCAUUGAUAAAAGCAUCUAUAACAUUAAAAAAAGAUAAAAAUCUUGUGCAUCGUUUAGUAUUUCCACCACGUCUUGGUCGAAUAUUAUUUUAUCGUCGAAUAUUAUCAGAUUCGGAUAUUUAUCAAAAACUUUGUUCAAAAGAUAAUGAAAUUAAUCAUAAUGUAUAUCAUUUAGAUACAAUACGUGAUUAUUCAAUGGAAUUUUAUAUGUUAACAACAUAUGGUUCUGAUUCACAAUUACGUGCUUGGCUUGAUAGUAAUUAUGAUGAUAUUGUGAAUAAUACAUGUUAUUUUGAUGAUAAUCGAUUUCAGUCAAUUGACGAUGAUGAUGAUGAUGAUGAUGAUGAUGAUGAUGAACUAGAUGACAAUCAAAUGAAAAUAAACAGUAGUAGUGAUAGUAUUAUUCGUGAUGAUGAGUUAAAUCGUUUACAAGUUGAUGAAGAACUUGAUUGGUAUUCAGAACUUGAAUCAUUUAAUUUAUCACCAAAUAAUCCACAGUGGAAACAUGAAAAUGCAUCAAGUUGUUCAAGUGAUGAUCAUGUUGGAGAAUUAUUACGCGCUGAACAGUUUUCUGUAUCGAGUUUAACAACAACAACAUCAGCUGAUUCAUCAAGUUCAGCUGGUUUAAUAUCAGCUUCAUGGCCAUUAACAAAUGAUACUCAUCAUCAUGUUCAUUCCAAUCGUUCAUCACAAUCUCUUAAUUCUCCUCCAUUAUCAAAUUUUGAUGAUCAAAGUCAUACAAUUUUAAAAGAAAUCUUAACAUAUCCAUGGACAAAUGAAAUAUCAAAUACACAUGAAAAUCAUCAAGAAACAGGAAAUGAUCAUAUAGAUAAUCAUAUAUCAUCAUCUAUUGUUCCUGAUGAAUUUCAACCUGAUUUCUAUUAUUUAUGUCCACUUAAAAAUACCACAAGUUUUCUUAAAACCGAUGAAAAAUCCAAUGGUAUUCAUAGACAAUUAUCCCAUGAUGUAUAA